CAGUCCCAAGAACCUAUACAGAGUGUAAGCCAAAAUGGAAGACGGUCCUGUUUUCUAUGGCUUUAAAAACAUUUUUAUUACAAUGUUUGCUACUUUUUUUUUCUUCAAGCUUUUAAUUAAAGUUUUUUUGGCUCUCCUAACCCAUUUCUAUAUCGUCAAAGGAAAUAGAAAAGAAGCGGCUAGGAUAGCAGAAGAGAUCUAUGGUGGAGUUUCAGAUUGCUGGGCCGAUCGAUCCCCACUUCACGAAGCCGCGGCACAGGGGCGCUUACUGGCCCUUAAAACUUUAAUUGCACAAGGUGUCAAUGUGAACCUCGUGACAAUUAACCGAGUCUCUUCUCUCCACGAAGCGUGCCUUGGAGGUCACGUGGCCUGUGCUAAAGCCUUAUUGGAAAAUGGCGCCCACGUCAAUGGAGUGACAGUCCACGGAGCCACGCCCCUCUUCAAUGCUUGCUGCAGCGGCAGUGCUGCAUGUGUCAACGUGCUGCUGGAGUUUGGAGCCAAGGCCCAGCUCGAGGCACACCUGGCUUCACCCAUCCAUGAGGCAGUGAAGAGAGGUCAUAGAGAGUGCAUGGAGAUUCUGCUUGCAAAUAACGUUAACAUUGACCAAGAAGUGCCUCACCUUGGAACUCCCCUGUAUGUGGCCUGCACCUACCAGAGUGUAGACUGUGUGAAGAAACUUCUAGAACUAGGAGCCAGUGUUGACCAUGGCCAAUGGCUGGACACCCCCCUCCAUGCCGCCGCGAGGCAGUCCAGCGUGGAAGUCAUCCACCUGCUGAUGGACUAUGGGGCUAACCUGAAGUGCAGAAACGCUCAGGGCAAAAAUGCACUUGAUCUGGUGGCUCCGAAAAGCAGUGUGGAGCAGGCGCUCCUGCUCCGUGAAGGCCCGUCUGCUCUUUCCCAGCUCUGCCGCCUGUGUGUCCGGAAGUGCUUGGGUCGAGCAUGUCAUCAAACCAUCCACAAACUACAUCUGCCGGAGCCACUAGAAAGAUUCCUCCUAUACCAGUAGUCCCAACUGUCCGUGGGAAGAUACUUGGAAAUAAACAGGUUGUUGUCUGCUGUACCCGGGGAACCUAGUGUAGACGCUAGACCAACAGCUAGCCUCUCAAUCUCCUGAAAUGAGCUAAGCCAGUUAGAGUAAAUCCCUGAUGAACUGGAACACUUGGGGAGUGGAAACUCCUGGUUAGUUGAAUAUUCUCAUUAAUCAAGGGGCAACCAAAAACAUUUUCGUUUUUAGCUCUUGUUGUUAAAAAACUUUAAAAAACUGUGAAGUAGAGUGAAAAUAAUAAGCUAUUUUUGAAGUUUCAUGAUCUUCAAUUAUUUAAGGGUCAACAUUCUGAAUAUCGUGCAGACACAUGUAAAUCUGGGUGAAUAAGAUUAUGAGGAAUGUAAGUAUUCCAAGAUGUGUUCCUGUUUUAGUUCCUCUCUCCUUCCCCCUUCCUUUCUUUCCUUCCAUGAAUAAAUCUCUGCUAUAAUUUU